AUGGGUGCCUCUGAUUUCGGCCACGGGAAGCCCACUCUUCCCGAGGGAUUGGAACACGAGAUCCAUCAUAUCCCCACUCCAGACGGUUAUCAGCUCCCAGUCUGGCGAUUUAAAAAGAAGCAAACGGACUCGAAACUAGGCGCAGCGGUCAUCCAUAUUCACUUUGGCGGCCUGUUUGCUUUCAGCCCAGAAGUUAGCCUCCCGCAACUAUACCACCACUCGAUGGAAACCGGAGUACAAUUCUUCUCGGUUGACUAUCGGCUUGCACCCGAGCACCCAUAUCCGACUCCGCUUGAGGACUGCUGGACCGCGCUGACAUGGGUCAUAUCACAAGCCUCAGUGUUUGGUGUGGAUACAAGUCGGAUUGCAGUCAUGGGAGAGAGUGCUGGCGGUGGCCUCGCCGCUGGGUUGACGCUCCUUGCCCGAGACCGCGGGCUAAACCCUCCACUUGCAAGACAGUUUCUACUUUACCCUAUGCUGGACGACCGGACAAAGGACAAGGCACCGCCUGGAGUCUUCACCCUCUGGGACGAUGCUGAUAAUGUCACUGGCUGGACUGCUUAUUUAGGGUCCAAGGCUGGAGGAGACGACGUGCCUGUGUAUGCAGCAGCCGGCAGAGUUAAAGACGUAACUGGCCUGCCGCCAUUAUACACGGAUAUUGGUCAACUGGAUAUUUUCGUGCAAGAAACUCAUGCAUACGUUGGGAAGUUUCUUGCCGCUGGUAUUGAAGCAGAAUUCCACAUCUACCCAGGCCUGUCUCAUGGAUGGGAAGGGAUUAUGCCUAGCCACUAUGCUUCUACGGCAGCGAUGCGAAACAGGGACCGACAAUUGAAGACGCUGUAA